AAGGAAGCAACUGGGCGGAGCUUCUGCGGCCCCGCCUUCCCCUCGUGGCCUCGCCCCCACCCUACGCGAGCGAGCGAGUCAGCCUGCCGCGAGUUCCCUCCUCUCUCUCCCUCCUCGCGGCUGCUGCUUCCUGGUGGCCUCGCGCAGCCCCCGCCCUCCCAUUCGCUGCCCUGCGCUCGCCGCGCGCCAGGUGAGCCCGCCCUCCGUCAGUCGGUCCGUGCCGCGCCGCUCGUCCCGCGCUCGACUGUUGGGCGCAGCCAUUCGCCCCCUGGGGGAAGGGGGGAUCUGCUGCAGGACUGGCCCGGAGGGACUGGCAGAGAUGAAGUUCAUUCCUGCACACUUUGGCUAUGUGAUUUCUGGGCAACAACUACCUCUCUAGCCACUGGAACAAACAAGCUCUCUUCUACCUCAUUCCAGGGAGGCUGUGAAGGAUCUGAAUCGAUUUGAAAUAAGUAAUGGAUUGGGAUGGCCCAGAAUACACUCCUGCAGUUAACAUCACCAGAAUAGCCCAGAGUGCAGGAACAAGUCCUGAUCCCCAGCUGCCUUCUCCAAAUGCUGGCACUUGAGGACUGUCCACCACUGCUAUGGCAACAUGGAGGCCGUCAGCAGGGACUCCUCAGGUGGGCUCUAGUGGCCUGCUGUCCCAGAGUUCCCCACCUCCCAGCACCGGCUGAAGCCUGGGUGUCCCGAUGGGGAUGAGUGGCUCCUUCCCACGAGGAGUUGGAGUCGGUACUUCCGUUGGACUAUGACAGCGUAUCGAUCAGUUCAUGAGAGUGGUGAUGUGGCGGGGGCAGGCUUGAAAGGUGGUGACUAUUAUUCUCCAAGGUUUUGGGCCCAGAAUGGCUGUGGUGGUGCUUCCUCGCGGCCCACGACGACGACUCCCGCCAUGCCGAAAAUGGGUGUGCGGGCCAGGAUUGCCGACUGGCCCCCCAAGAGAGAAGGGCUGAAGGAUCCUCAUCCUGCUGCUGCUGCCGCCGCCACCACCACCCUUAGCACUUCAAGAGACCUGGAGACCCCGACCUCUGUCUCUCGGGGUUUCCAGAAUGGGCAGCUUCCAAGUGGGGCAGCUUUCCCCUCGGGGUCCAAAGGCUUCCAGCGCCUGGCCCGGAGGAGGUCCAAGGACACGGAGUUCCAGGAUGGUUGGCCGCGGUCUCCGGGCAGGGGAUUCCUGCCCCUGCGGAACAGGAGCAGCAGUGAGAUCACGCUCAGCGAGUGCGACUUGGAAGAGGCUUUUGAGCCCCGGGGGGUCAAGCUGGCUGCAGGCCUGCCCCUUUUCCGAGAGUAUGGUAGCACCUCUUCGAUCGACGUGCAAGGCGUUCCAGAGCAGAGCUUCUAUGACAUGCUGAAUGAGUUCCGCAGUGGAAACUCAGUAGCCCAGCAGCAGCCCCGACCAGCCUCUUUCAGGGCCUCCCGGAGCGCCAAGGCUGAAGCCAGGAGUGAGCAGGAGCUGGCCCUUGUGGGGGAUGAGUUCCCCCUGCAGCACAGGGAGAAGGUCCGCAAGAAGGGCCCCAGAGUGGAGGUGGGCAGCGGAGACUCCAUCUUCAGGAAGCUGAGGAGCAGCCGAGGGGACAGUGAGGCAGGCAAGGCCCUGUCGGAGCCCGAGGAAGGCAGGAGCCAGGAGAGGGGCAGGGCCUGGCUCUGCCAGAAGAGCUUUACCCACUACGAUGUCCAGAGCAUGCUCUUCGACCUCAAUGAAGUGGUGGCCAGGCGGGUCUACGUGGCGCAGAGGAGGAACACAGCCACGGGCGCCUCUGCAGCUUCUGCCAUCUCUCCUGCUGCCUCCCGGGCCUGUGGCUUGGCGAGCCUGGAAGCCACAACCUCCUUCGUCAGCCCCGAGGACCUGAGUUUCAGAGAGAACCUGGGCCACGAUCCCGGGGACAGCAACAGCAAUGACCUCCUGCUCAGCUGUCCUCACUUCCGCAAUGAGAUUGGCGGGGAGCAGGAGCACAACAUCAGCUUCUUCCAGGCCUCUCUUGGCUCCCCGGCGGGUGGGGAGGGCAGCAGCUUUGCAGAAGUGUGCCUUGCUCCUCCCUGCACCAAUGCCAGCAUCUCGGUGCUGGAGGUCCCCAAGGAGCUGCAGCACAACGUCGGAAGGCUGAAGCGCUAUAGCAUUGAGCACGUGGACCUGGGGGCCCGCUACUACCAGGACUACUUCUGUGGCAAAGAGCAUUCCAACUACUUUGGGGUGGAUGAGAAGCUGGGCCCUGUGGCCGUAAGCAUCCGCCGUGAGAAGCUGGAGGACCACCGGGAGCACGGGCCUCAGUACCAGUACAGGAUUAUCUUCCGAACUAGUGAGCUGACCACCCUCCGUGGAUCAAUACUAGAGGAUGCCACUCCCACAACCACCAAGCACGGCACUGUCCGUGGGCUCCCUCUCAAGGAUGCGCUGGAGUAUGUGGUCCCUGAGCUGAACAUCCACUGCCUUCGCCUGGCCUUGAACGUACCCAAAGUGACUGAGCAGCUGAGGAAGCUGGAUGAGCAAGGGCUGUGUCGGAAGCACAAGGUGGGCGUCCUGUACUGCAAAGCUGACCAGAGCUCAGAGGAGGAGAUGUACAACAAUGAGGAGGCGGGGCCUGCCUUUGAGGAGUUCCUGGCACUGCUGGGGGAGAAGGUGUGCCUGAGGGGCUUCAGCAAAUAUGCCGCCCAGCUGGAUACCAAAACUGACUCCACGGGCACCCACUCACUCUACACGGCAUACCAAGGCUAUGAAGUCAUGUUCCACGUCUCAACGAUGCUUCCCUAUACCUCCAACAACAGGCAGCAGCUGCUCAGGAAGAGGCACAUUGGGAAUGACAUUGUCACCAUCAUCUUCCAGGAGCCAGGGGCUCAGCCCUUCACUCCCCAGAAUGUCCGUUCCCAUUUCCAGCAUGUUUUCAUCAUUGUCCGGGCUCAGAAUCCCUGCACAGAGAAUGUUUGCUACAGUGUGGCAGUGACCCGAUCCAAAGAUGUCCCGCCCUUUGGGCCGGCAGUCCCAAGCAGAGCCACUUUCCACAAAUCGGAUGUCUUCCGAGACUUCCUGCUGGCCAAGGUGAUCAACGCUGAGAACGCGGCCCACAAGUCAGACAAGUUCCACACGAUGGCCACUCGCACACGGCAGGAGUACCUCAAGGACCUGGCCGAGAACUGUGUCACCAGCACGCCUAUCGACUCCACGGGGAAGUUCAGCCUGAUCUCGCUGGCCUCCAAGAAGAAGGAGAAAACCAAAGCCCGCUUUGGAGCCGAGAGGCACAGCACCGGGGCCGUCGCGUGGCGUGUCCUGGCACAGGAUUACACCCGGGGGGUGGAAGUGGAGGGCAUCCUGGGCAUCUCCAAUGAGUUCGUUGUCCUCUUGGACCUGGGGGCCAAGGAAGUGGCCUUCAACUGUUUUUGUGCGGAUGUGAUUGGCUGGACUCCAGAUGCUUUCAGCAUCAAGAUUUUUUACGGACGUGGGGAUCACAUUUUUAUCCGAGCCCUGGAGAGCAAUGCAGAUGACAUAAAGGAGAUCGUGCAGCGACUGAAGGUCAUGACCUCUGGCUGUGAGACGGUUGAAAUGACGCUUCGGAGGAAUGGGCUGGGGCAGCUGGGCUUCCAUGUGAAGUUUGACGGGACGGUGGCAGAAGUGGAAGACUAUGGCUUUGCCUGGCAAGCAGGGUUGCGGCAGGGCAGCCGGCUGGUGGAGAUCUGCAAGGUCGCUGUGGUGACGCUCAGCCACGACCAGAUGAUUGACUGGCUGCGCACUUCUGUGACAGUGAAAGUGGUCAUUAUUCCUCCGCAUGAGGAUGGCAUUCCUCGCAGGGGCUGGACCGUGUCCGUCAAGAUGAGCAACGUGGAGCCCAAGGUGGAACAAGAGAGCCUGCCGGUGGGUUAUCGGCCUCCGCACCGCAGCAACUCUGGCUGGCAGUGGAGCGGCUCUGCCACUCACAGCUCCUCUCAGUCCUCCAAGUGGCCAGAGCAGCUGAGCCAGUCCCAGUCCCUCACCAGGACCCCGAAGCCAAGCAUCCUGGCCCCUGUCCGAGAGUCGCAACCGCUGCAUGGCAAAAGACCAGUGAGCUUCCCAGAGACCCCUCAGGCAGCGUCAUCCUCCCAAACUGGGGCAGAGAGGAAGCAGGCGUACCGACAGCCCUCUGGCAGUUUCUCCAUGCCUGGCUCUUCGGGAGCCGCCUACACCCGUUACAAGCCAUCACCAGACAGAUAUGCAGCCCCCCAGCGCCCUCUGAUGCUGUUUGACCCGCUCUGUUCCCACGAGGUGACCUCCAACGGGGACGACUCCUCCGGAGGGCUGGCUAGUCAGGAGAGCACCAUGGAGAGGCCCAAGCCUGAGCCUCUUUGGCACGUGCCGGUGCAGUCCAGGAUCUCUGUGCCUUCUGGGAGCAAGCGGCCCAGCAGGCAGGAGCUGGGGGGCAAGGAUUCCCCCAACCGACAUUCCAAGGGCGAGGGACAGUACUCCAGCAGCAACACCCUCUCCAGCAACGCCUCCAGCUGCCACAGCGAUGAGCACUGGUUUGACGUGCCCGAUCCCAGCGAGGCCGACCAGGACCCCCUGGCCAAAGGGGGCUCGAGCGACAGUGGCAUCGAUGCCACCAGCGCCAGGUCCUCACACAAGGACAAGCUGCCCAAGCCCUCGCCCCCCUUCGGCCCCACCCUUUAUGAGGGAGGCAGCGGCAAAAGGAGGGAAGCCUCGCCUGCAGUCUGCUCCAGUGGGCAGAGCUGGGGCUACCACCGCCCCAAGGCCUUUGGGAUGGGGGCUGGCAUGCCUGCCAGGGGGGGUGGCAGCGGCGGCAGCAACAGCAGCAGCAGCAAUAACAACCACUUCAAGCAGCCAAGCAGCACCAGGGCAACUUACCCUACCCAAGUAUACAAAGCGCCCACGGCAGAUGCCCCCCGGGCCCUGCACCUGCCACAGUCCAGCUCCUUCCAUCUCUCCGCUUCUGUGCCCAAAUCCUACUUCUCCAAGCAGAGCAGCAGGAGCAGGCAUCUGCCAGCUGGGUGGAAGAGGAGUGAGGACACCCCCACCAGGCCCACGGCCUUCACAGACCCAAAGAAGCAAGUUGACCUGAACACCAAGAAUGUUUUUGGGCAGCCCCGGCUGCGAGCCUCCUUGCGUGACCUCCGCUCCCCUCGUAAAACCCACAAGUCCACCAUUGAGGAUGACCUGAAGAAGCUGAUCAUCAUGGAUGGCACCACAGCAGAGCAGGAGAGGGAUCUGUCCCCGCAGAAGACUCUUCAGCGGACCCUGUCAGACGAGAGCCUGUGCAGUGGGCGGCGCGACCCCACCUAUGCCAGUGCCUACUGCUUUGAGCAGCCCCUGCCCAGCGAUGUCCUCUUCACCAGCACCUAUCCCUCCAGCACCCUUCCCGUGCGGAAGCAGCACCAGCCACCCAGCAACGGGAACCUCUCAGAGCAGAAGGCCACCAUCUCAGCCUCUGAGCUCUCCUUGGACGAUGUGCGGGACAAGCCCCUACGGCGCAUCGACCCGGGCCUGAUGCCGCUGCCAGACACAGCAACCGGCCUGGAGUGGUCCAGCUUGGUCAGUGCUGCAAAGGCCUAUGAAGUGCAGAGAGCUGUCUCCCUCUUUUCUCUCAACGAGGCUGCUGUGUUGAGCCCUGACGUGCCGUCUGCCCACAGCCCGGAGAGGCAGCUGAUCCCCCGCAGCACGCCCACCAUGAGCGAGGAGCCACCGGUGGAUCUGACAGGCAAAGUCUACCAGCUGGAAGCCCUGCUGAAGCAGCUACACAGUGACUUGCAGAAGGAGAAACAGGACAAGGUGGUUCUGCAGGCGGAAGUGGCAAACCUGAGGCACAACAACCAGCGGCUGCAGGAGGAGUCACAGACAGCCAAUGAGCAACUGCGCAAGUUUGCUGAGAUCUUCUCCAGUGCCGUAGAGAAGAAGGAGCUGUGAGCAGGCCCCGGGAGAGGAGGCUAUUUUGGAAAUGGAGAUGGGGGGGUGUUGGCGGGCUGGGCUGGGGCCCUUCCCGCCUCUCAUGGGAAAACCCUCUCUCUUGUUCCAUGUGGAACCUGGUCUUGACUGUCUCCUGCCCCCUUACCUGGCUGCAUUCCAACUCUCCCGUGUGUGGACCACAACCCCAACUUUUGUCCCACUCUGCCAAGUUGGGGUGAAUGGGGGCAGGCAACCUCUUGUCUGCUUGUCCAUCUGGGGCCAGCUGUUCAGAGCCAGGUGCACCUUGCUGGCAGUGGCCAAGUGACAGAGAGCUGCAGGCCAGCACCAGCAUGGCACCCCCUUGGAGCAAGGGCUGCCUGGGCCCCUCCUGGCUAGUGACCUCCAGGGGGCAUGUUGGCAUUCAACAGACUGGGGUCAAAGUAAGGCUCCAGAGUGCCACCAAGAAUCUCAAAAGAGCACUUUCUCACAACUAAAUUAUUUUCUAGAGAAUGCAAGGUUGGGAGUGGCUCAGGAAGUUUAAAGAAAAGUUUAAGUGUAUAUGUUCUUUAUAAAACACUAUAUUUGUAUAAA